CCCCACACCAUCAACAACAUGUCACUAGCAGCAGACACGGCAACUCUGGCGGCCUCGUCGUCGUCGUCGCUCGGCGGGGCGGGGGACAGCGGCGCGCUGCGCCCGACGACUACGAGCUCGGGGUACAAGCUGCCUGCACUGUGGUCGUUCCCGCCGUUCUUCACCCUCCAGCCCAACCCGGCCACGCAGGCGCACCAGCUCGCGCUGUGGAGCGAGAUUGUGCUUGGAUGGGCACGGCACGACCGCGUGUUUGCCGUCAACGCCGACAGUCCCGACGCGGGCGAUGUGUUUGUCAACAAGGCGAUCAAUCGUGGGUCCGCGGGUGUGGGGUGCUCGUCUGACCCGGCAGGGAAACUGCUGCCUCCUGCGCUGAAGCAGGUCCUCGCGCACAUGGCCAAAGAGGGACACGCCGCGCCCGAGCCGCCAAGACAGGCCGCGACUUAUCUCAUCUUCUGGCGCAAGCCUGAGGAGUGGGGCCAGAUCAUCUACGACUGGGUCUCCGACAACGGCAUGACGGGCACCAUUCUGACGUUCUACGACCUCACUGACGGAGACUUGGCGGAGACAACCGAGUUUCGUGGCCUACCCGACACCCUCCUGAGACGGAGCCUCGAUACGCUGGUGAAACGUGGCAAGGCGCAACUGCUACGCGGCGAGGGCGAGUCUGGUGACGGUGUCCGCUUCCUUUGAGAGCGCCCCACCGACGUGGCGGACGGAGACGGCGACGAGGACGUGGCAGUGUGCGCGCGGUGCGACGUGGCGCUUCGGCCCUGAUCUGCGAGCCCCAGGACCAUGAUAUGACCAUGUCGACUGGAUCGGCGUGUGGCAGAUUGCACCGUGUGUGGAUCACGCCACACACACGCAACGCUUGAUGCGAUGGCAUAGAUCCAUUGACCCAGGUCCCCGGCAUGCCACUGCCACACUGUUCUCCGUGGGCCCGUGUCUUGGUUGUACUCUCGAGUCUCUUAUCCUAGAAUAGCAUCACACGGCAUGAAACCCAUAAU